CAUAGAAUUUUUCCUUUAAAAUUGGUUUUAGUAAUAUUUCCUAAAAAAACUCAUAUUAUAUUUCACGUUAGUGCAAUUAUAUAUUGAUGUAUUAGAAUUUAUGGCGCAAAAAUCAAAUAUCAGUUUACCUGUACUGUUCUAAAUGCUAUACUUAUUAUUUUGAACGUGUGGAAUUUACUGUGAUUAUCCAUAGAAGAUAAGAAAUGUGGCAUUAUUGCUGUUUGUGUAAUAAUAGGUAACGAUAAAAGUUCUUACCAAUAAUCAUUUUUCAUGGACUAAUAUCAGAUAUUUUCUUGUAAUUUAGUUUUUUGCUUAUUAUUGUGUCAAGUUUUAAGAUUUGUUAAAAUAUUAGUUUAGUGAUACAGUUUUUUUGAAAUUUUAUUUUAUUUAAAUAUGUCACGUAACCAAGUGUAUUUAGUAGGAGCAAUGAAUUAUCAAAUUACUGGAAGUAAAUUACCUUCAGUUAAAAAUGUUUUGAGUGUAUUGUAUUAUAAUUUAAGAUUUGUAAAAUUGAAUUUGCAUGAAAGUGCGGCGCUUGCUGUUGACGAGUGUCUAAUUUACUGGAAAAAAGCUCGAAUACCUACGCAAGAUCCAGCUAAUAUUAUAAGAAAAUUAAAAAAGUUUUACGAUGAACUGAGAAAUUUAGAGAAAAAUAAAACCAGGACCAGCGACUUAUACAAGAAAAGAGAACAAAAUUUUGUAGACCAAAUCGAAGAAUUGUUUUAUAUAGCUCAUGCUAAUGCAAUCAGUCUAAUGAAGAUCCAGGAAGAUAUUGAUUUUUUGCGACUUCAACGAACUAAGGGACGUCCCGGAUGUAUGAUGGGAGUAGAUAUGAAUUUAACCCAAGCAGAAAAAAAAAUGCAAAUAAGACAAGAACAGAAAAAUAAAAUACUUAUACCUCACUCAGAUACAGAAACUUUAUUAGAAGAAAAAUAUUCAUGUACUUCAUCGGAUUCAUGUGAUAUGGAAAUCGUAAGUGAAGAAGAGAGACAAUUUUCACCAGUAGCAGGUCCGUCAAAAAAUAAAAGAGGUAGAAAAGAACUUUUAACUUCUAGAUUAUCUGCCACUCUUGAUAGGUGUAAAAUAAGUGAUAGGGAUGCUGUUCAUUUGUUAACUGCAUGUUUGGAUGCCUUAUCAUUAGAUCCCAGCAUAUAUGUUUUAAACCGAUCGUCAAUUAAAAGGUCCCGUGAACAUUAUAGACAAAAAAUUGCAGAAAAUAUUAGUUCUAAAUUUCAUGAACAAAAUUUGAAUUUUGUUGUGAUCCAUUGGGAUUCAAAAAUGCUUCCAGACCUUACAGGGAAAAAAAAAGUCGAUCGCCUCCCUAUUAUUGCAACCGCCUUAAAUUUUGAACAGCUUCUUGGUGUCCCUUAUAUACCCUCUGGGAAAGGUUUAGAAGUAUCAUCAGCUGUCUAUGACGCUUUAGUCAAAUGGUCACUAUUGGAAAAAGUACAGGCUUUCACAUUUGAUACUACGGCCUCUAAUACGGGAAGGUUGAAUGGGGCGUGUUUUUUAUUAGAGCAACGUCUUGGAAGAGAAAUUUUAUUCUUAGCAUGCCGACACCAUAUUUAUGAACUUUUAUGAACGUAUUUUCAGAUACCAAAUU